GGUCCACAACCCAGAAAGACGGGGGAGUGUGUGAAACGCUGCAAGGCAAGCUCCUCUUACAGCAAGAGUAGCAGCCAGAUGAGUGUGAGUUAAUCUGUGAUUGAUGAAAUCUUUCCCUCAGCUGACCAACACAGAUGCCUACUGCAUCUGGAGCUACAGGCAGGGUGGAUGUAGGAGUAGAUGGACCGAAGAGGAACACUAAACCGAACAGGAACUGUGACUCCUAUCUGCAGCUGUGAGUACAUCACUACUUAUUAACUCAAAUUGAACAGCUUUAUAUAUCCAUGUUCUACAUUGUUAUGCAGUUUUCUGUGGAUUUUACAUUCAAAGCUAUUGUUUAGAGAUGUCAGCUGUGUAAAAACUGCAUGUUAGAAAGUGUGUAUGAGCUGAUUUCUACUACUGAGAGAGAUAAAAGACUCUUGGUUAGAAAUGCGUCUGUGUUUUGACUGCUCCAAACUUUAAUUUUGAUCAGUGCUAAUUUGGCAUUCAUUAUCUGAUAGAAGCACAGAGUGAAAAAUGAAUUCAUCCAGAUAAAACAUUAGAGAUUUUCAGCUGAGCAGCUUUAUUAGCUUUUAUUGCCAGGCCAUAAAAGAAGCUUCACUUUACUCACAGCAUGUCUGAAUCAAUAUGAACCUCUCUGUCUUUUAAAAUGUGCAGACAGAGACACAGAUGUUAAGGGCACUAAUCAGGCUCAUAAAUAUCUCAGCAUAGAGUUUGUUUCUCAUGGCUCAUUCACCAAAAACAAUCAGGCCCGUCUCCAGUUAUUGGAUCUCGCAGGUAAACUUCUUUUCUUUGUUACUGGCAGGUAUCAGGAGCAGAAAAAAAGAAACAAAAUCCACGUGCUGCCCGUGAGUAAUGACAUAACACUGGUUAAAAGCUUAUAAAGACUCUAAAUACAGUGACUGUGGUUGAGUGAUGUGUGUCUCUAUUCAGAACGUGCAAGAAACUACUUCCCCAAGUGUUAAGGAUGAGAGUGAAGGUGAGAAAACUGAUCAAUUCAAUCAAAUUAAGUGUUAAAAUUCUGUGAUUUAAAAAAAAACAAAAAAACAUAUUUGAUCUGCUUUUAGUGGCCAACGAGGAGACCCCGCAGGAAAACAGCAGCACAGAGGAUCAAACUCCAGAAAAAACAACCACUAAAAAGAGAUCCAAGAAGUCUCGGCUGUGUGCUAUCCUCUAAGGCCGUCACAUCUCAUGUGGACAUUUAAUGAACUGAGCUCCUCACGCUCAACGCCAUCAUGUAUUAUUUAAGUGCCAAACCCUUGUGUUUCUCCUGUCCUUGCUUUACCUUUGCGGUUGAGUGAAAAAGUAGAGAGGGGUAGAGGGUAACCUCAGACUCUGAAAUGACUAAAAAAGGAGAUUAUUUGUCAUGUAGCUUGUUUAAACAAAGUGUUUUAGGUUACACCAUGUUGUAUUGGUGCUCAUCAGUAUUAAUUAUAUUUCAGUUUCAAACAGACAGACAAUAUUUAAAUGCAU